GAAGGCGCCAUUUUUGACUCGUUUGAUGAGUUUCACCAUCGAAAGUGUGCUGUAAAACACUAUGUCAUAAACAAACUGGUAAUGGGCAGAGUUUAACAGAAACAUGCAAGGGGAAAGAAUCCUCAAAUCACUUCUAAACAGAGAGAUAGGCGGUCUUUAUGAGGAUACGAAGGUAAGUUGAUCAAACUUAGCUGUUUGCUAAAUUUAAGCUGCUGAGAAAUUAUGGUAGCUUAAUUGAGGACGCUUUGUAGCUCAGUUAGCGAAGGUACUUACGAUCUGUAUGGCUACUCACUUUCAAAAACGUUUCCUUGAAUAAAAAUUUAGUUCAUUUCAAAGCGAGCGUCUUGUUACACUCUAGCUUCAAUUGCAAGAAUCGCGCGCAUAGACUACAUUCAUGAGCAGGUCUUAGAAUGAGUGUCACUUGAAAGCGAACCUCAACCUAAUAGAUUACACUUAUUUUAGACGUCUUUUUUGCCAAAGCCUCUCAUUUUUCUUAACUCCAUAUUUAUAUGGGGUAGCCUUCACCCUUGAUAUGUUGUUUUUAAUACUGUUUGGUGGAACUUGCAAAAUUAUCUUGCUCUACUGCAAUGUCCGCUAAAGAACAAAAAUGGCUGCCAAGCAGGAGGCAAAGCCACAGCGGAAACUGUAUCAAAGUACGCCGUUUUUUGUACGAAGUUCCUAAGGUGUGCUAUAGAGACCUUGAAAAAUGUGAAAGCCAAGGGAAAUGACCUUAUUGAGGUCAAAGAUGCCUUGAAACUAGGUAAGAUGAAGCAUGUGAACAUCUUUAGUUGCUGUUUGGGAGUAAGGUCUUUUCUGAGUUCCUAAAAUAAGCUUAAUGCUUACUCUUAAAAUGGGACCAGCUUCAAAACCUUACUAAUGAAAUUCUACUUAUUUUUAGUGCUACAUUGUCAAUGUGGUAUUUCCAGCUCAAAUGACUAUCCAGUAAGACACCUAGAUAUUUUACAUGAUCCUUACACUCAAGGGAAGUAAGAGUGUGAUUACUAUUAUCAAACAUUAGAAUAAUGACCGAAUGGUCCAUCUUACGUUGGUGAGGACAAAAGAUAACAAAGUUUGUUUUUUUAGCAUGUAAUGUUAGCUUAUUUGCAUUGAGCCAGUCCGAGACUCUGACCAGUUCUUAAUUGACCAUUUUUUCAAGAGAUUUAAGAUUUUUGUCGGCAUACAACAAAUUUGUGUCAUCUGCAAAAAGGUAAAAUGAAAAUUUCGCUGAAGAAUAAAACUUUACAACCUACUAAUGGUCUAGGACUCCCAGGUACAUACAACACAUUUCACAGUGGAAGGAAAUAGCAUUUUCAACAUGGUCAGGGUGCAAGGAAAGUCAUUUUUACAGCUUGCCAUUCGGGCAAGCUGAAGCUAACAUUUACUAGCCCAAAUAUCAUUUCAACUAGCCCAAAAAAUGUUUUGAUGAGCAGACUGAUUUCACAGUUCUUCUGUAAUUUGAAUUCCUCAAAAAAAUUCACUUGCCCGUCGGGCAAGUUAAUAACAGAAUUCACUAGCCCGAUAGCAAAAUCCGCUAGCCCAGGGCUAUCGGACAGUACUUUCUUUGCACGCUGAUGGUGUAAGCAGGGCACAACAAAGUGCUAUCUGAUAAUCCAGAGCCAGUAAGGCUUAAAUAUGGUUCAAAUAUAAGUUGUCCGAUAAGCAAACCACAUUCGCUUUAAGUGUGAGAUUAAUAGAGGGCUAUAAAGUUACAUGUAACUUGCAAAUUGUUUUGUUCAUAUUUCAGUGGGGACAGUUCUCAACAACACUUUAUCACUCCAUCAUGGAAACUACCUGAAGUUUAUUCCUUCAGUAGAUCAGCUUGCUAAAACACUUUACCUUAUUGUUACUCAGCUCAUUGCCAAGGCACAGUUUGAAAGGGCUCUGGAUCAUGCUAAUGACCUAUAUAAAUUCAUCCAGCCUCUUAAGGCAUGGAAGAGCUAUGACAGUGAAAAGAUGGAGAAGGAAAUUGGAUCACUUUGUUUACGUUCAUCUGAUUUGUUACUUCAAGGAGCAGGGAAGCUUGAGGAAGCAAAAGUACCUCCAGGGGAAUGA